AUGUCGGUCUUGUUCACCUCCAUAUCACCGGAUAAUCCGGUGAAAAAAACUGAUGCGCAUGAUCUUCUGGAGAAAGUGGGCGUCUCAAUUGACCCCAGCGAGGAAGAUGACUUUCACAUGCUCCUGGGAGCAGUGCACGACUGCGCAGAGACAGUCGCGGAUAUGCCAGAUUACCAGCCAAAACCAGACUUUGAUAGGUAUCCACGCCAGAAUGUGCGACGUCCGUCGGAAGAAGAGCAGGUGCUAGGAAAUGCCUGGGUGCAUAAGUUCCUUAUCAAGGGAAAUCCGGACGGAGCACCUCUGGCGGGUAAAACUGUCAGCCUGAAAGAUGUGAUUGCAGUUGCUGGAGUGCCUCAAUUUCAGGGAAGCGAUGUGAUUUCGUCCUGGACGCCGAACACAGACGCGACUGUUGUGACGCGGGUGCUCGAUGCGGGUGCUGAUAUUGUGGGGACCACAGCGUGCGAGAACUUGUGCCAUUCCACGUCGUCGUUUACGAGUGUCCAGGGAAUUGUGGAUAAUCCGUAUGCUGCUGGGUAUUCUGCUGGUGGGAGUACAUCUGGCGGUGCGGCUCUGGUUGCCGCUGGGUUAGUGGAUAUCACUAUCGGCGGUGACCAGGCGGGGAGUAUCAGAGUGCCUUCAUCGCUAAGUGGAUGCGUCGGACUCAAACCUACAUUUGGCUUAGUCCCGUAUAGCGGAAUCGCGAGUGGUGAUGCCAUGGACGACCACGCAGGGCCGCUUGCAAGAACAGUGCUGGAUAUUGGACACUGCCUAGAUGCGAUUAGCGGCUAUGAUGGCAUGGAUGAUAGAUCGUUGGGGAGCCCAAAGCGCGGUUCAACUACCUAUGCUGCCACUCUUCAAGCAGCACCCACAAAACUUGAGGAAUUCAAAGUCGGGAUUUUGACGGAGGGAUUCGGGCACAGUAUCGUGGACCCUGCAGUCAGAUCGACAGUGAUGAGUGCCGCACGCAAAUUCGAAGAGCUAGGAGCGACUGUCGAAGAGAUUUCACUCCCCGAUCACUUGAACGGACCCGCCGUCUGGACCAUCCAGUCCAGAGUCUCAGGUUCAAUGAACCUUCUCGGACAAGCGCAUGGAAGAAGAGGCCUUGGUCUGACAGAACUGGAACGCGAAAGACUUCCCUGGACCAAAGAAAGUUUCCAGCGAGCGUUUCCCACGACCCAGAACGUGAUGAUCAACGGUCUUUAUCUCAUGUCUCGAUUCCCGGAACUUUAUGCGAAGGCAAACAACAUUGGCCGGAAACUUCGUGACAUGUACGAAGAGACCUUUGAGAAAUAUGAUGUCGUGGUCAUGCCUACUACGCCUAUUGUUGCGCCAAAGCAUGGUACGCGUGGUCUUCCUAUGGAGUCGAUUAAGCCCAGUAUGGGGCUUACGAUUAACACGGCCGUCUUCAAUCUUACGGGUCACCCUGCGAUGUCUAUCCCGGUGGGAUUUGCUCCGGCUAAGGAAGAUGGAAAGGUACGCUUACCCGUGGGAAUGGAAAUUGUUGGAGGGUUGUGGCAAGAAUCGAAGGUUCUGAGGGCCGGGCAUGCGUGGGAGACUCAUUUCAAUUGGAAAGAGAUGGCGUCUAACGACCAGGACUGA